GCAAAAUUUUGAAGGAAAUGUAAUGAAGCGAAGAAUCAGAGUUGAGUAAAGAGAGAAGAGUUCGGACACGAAAAAGUGAGAGUGAUCCCACCAACUUGUUGGGCAAAGCUUCUCAACAUUAACUUGCUUUUCCACUCAUUCCCUUCCUUACCCAGAAUUAGAGAGAAAAACCCCAGCAACAGACUUACUCCUUCAUUCAUAAUCAAUCUCAAAUGGCGGAGCCCUCAUCAUCACCACCUUCACCUCCAACGGAAUCGCUUAUCAGGCGAUACAAGCUCGUUUGGCGAGUACUUUUGAUCUCUAAUCUUGCUCUUGGAGCUUACAUUUUUGCAAGUCCUAGAAAGAGAGAUGCCAGCGUAGUGAACAAGAACAAAGCUUCGGAAAAAGCUGCUAAAGAAACCAAAGCAGAAGAGGUAGUUACAACUGAAGAGGAAGUUAAAGCAGAAGAGGAAGAUCCCUAUUCUAUUAAUUGGCCCACUUAUGAUUAUGACACAGCAACAUUCCCUCCACCAGCCAUGAAACCUUUGAUGGUUCGAGAACCAAUUCCCGAAGAUCAGCAACGUGAGCUUUUCAUAUGGAUGCUGGAAGAGAAAAGGAAACUUAAACCAAAAGAUCCUGUAGAGAAGAAACGAAUUGAUGAAGAUAAGGCUGUACUUAAACAGUUUAUUCGUGCAAAGACUAUACCGAAACUGUAGUUAGUAUUUUUUUUUUCUUUGUUGAGAAAAUUUUCUUGUAGAGAAUUACUAGAGAUGGGGGGCCGUAUUUCUGUGCCCUGCUGUUUCAAGAUGGUUUUUUUAGUGUCCAAUUUGAAAAUGAGAGAGUUCUGAUUCUUCUUGAAAA